AUGGUUCCCUCCGCACCCCCCCGGGGGAAGCGACCUCCCUCGCGGAGCGAUCAAGGUGGUUCCAGAAAAAGGAAAAACACGUCCAUCAAGAAUCAAAUCCGAAGUCUGCAACGCCGUCUGCGCAAGCUGGAAGGAACCGCAAGGCCCAUAGACGAGGAUGGCCCCGUCCAGCCUAGCCAUGCACACCUUCACGAGCAACUCCAAGCGUUGCAAUCGGCCCUGGAAGAACGCCGCCAGCAGACCCUCGAGCGGAAACAUGCCCUCAAGUAUCGGAAAGUUCGGUUUUUCGAUACCCGGAAGUUGGUCCGACGCUACCAGGCGGCUUGGAAAGCGGCGAUGGCGACGGAGUCGUCUCUUUGCCCACCCUCUGCCGAUCCCCCGCCCUCGGUCCCGCCCUCGUUGCCGCUCGACGCCACGCCCGCCGGCUCAGGA